AUGGAGGUAGUGUCACAGGUAACAAAUGGAUCAUCCGUUCCAGCAGAUGUACCUAAUACAUCCGUUCCAGUAGAGGUACCUGGUACAUCGGUUCCAGUAGAGGGGCCUUCCACAUCUACUACUUCAUUCCGAGGGCCUCGGGAUGAUGGUGAGGGUUCCUCACAGAAGCCCUCCGCCUGCAGACAUCGCUUGGACACUUCUUCCACUCAUGUGCCACCUCCGAUCAAUGCUGGAUCUCACGUUCCACCUUCUGAUGGUAUUGACCCAUUUCACGAGGAGGCAGAUGCGGUUGAGGCGUUUGUGGCCUACCUAGGUGGUCCUUCUGAUUUAUCCUUGUUGACAAGAUAUGCAGAUUAUACAGCCAGACAUGUCAGAGACGAAGAGUUUUACAACCACGAUCGGAAGAUUACCGCUCUGCAGCAACCUGAUGAGUCGUGGUUCCCGGAUGUCCUCACAGAUUCUGGGCUGAAGGACCUCUGUCAGAUUGGAUACUCCACCAUUUAUAAUGGGAUGCUGAUGGCAUUUGCGGAGAGGUGGCACCAUGAGACGUCGUCAUUCCAUCAGCCUCAUGGUGAGUGUUUAAGUGUUGCAGGAACAGGGCACGAUUCGAGUCAAGGAAAGGUGGUUUUUGGCGAGACAGAGUUGUGA